AUGGGAGUCGGCUGGGAGGAUGACAAGCGUGCAGCCGAAGGGUCUUUACUGGCAAAGCCAAGAAGGUUCAACCCCUGCGAGUAUCAAUCAUCACGUUCACAUCGGAGAGGAUUCAAGAGGGGUUCAAAGAUGCCAAUUGAGACAGAUGCCUUUGCCGAUGGAAAGUUUGAAUUUGAUCCUGGCCCUCAACCUUCUCAGGAGCUAGGGCAGCUCCUGACUCUCUUGCGUAGAUUCGGUGGUGCUAGACUUGAUGAAGACCUGACGCGUGAUGCGGAGAUGCGAGUUCGAUCUGAUAAACGUUUUCGAGAGGCGCUUUGCAAGGAGAAGGCUGCAAUCACAGCAGUUCUGCAAACUUGUCUUGAGAAGGUCAAUGGCCAGCUUGAAAGGGGCGAGGAGAUUUGCCAGAAGGCUCACUUCCCUCUUUUGAACCCGCGGGACUUUGACGACUUGGAGUCCUUUGCGCGUCAUGACCACUUUGCCGUGGACUUGCGAGUGGACAAGGUAGAUGAAGCAUUGCAGAAGCUGGUGAGCAGUUUACUUGGCAUUGUCUGGACAAACGUCCAUGUUGAGAACCAGAGCAAAGCCAAGUCUUUGGAUCUUUUCUGUCAGGCAUUGCAAGAACGCAUGGAGACAUUGGAGUACCACCUGAAAGAUCGCUCGAAACAAUUGUCCAACUGCAGGCACGCAUACUUUCUCGAGAUCACCCACUUGCGAAACCAGCUGUAUAUCAAGAGCCAAUCUGACGAUGAGAACUUUGAGCCGGUGGAGGCUUAUUUCUUUGACCCGACAGAGUAUUUGGAGGAGGAGUUGCGUCAGCAAUUGAACGACAAGAUCACCUUGAGUGUGAAGGUGUACAAAGAAAGGUUGAACGAAAAGUGUCGAGAAAUUGCAGAUUUGCAGCUUCAACUCGAAACUUUAGAGGCUCUCAAUGCUGCGCGAAAUGAAGAUAAUUUGGAGAGCCAUCUGCAGAUAGCGUGCAACCGCCACGGGGCGAAAAACACCGUGGAAACCUUGGCGAAGGUUGCUGAGAAGGAGAUGAAAGAAUGGGCCCAGAUGGCUCGAGGAGGUAAAACACCCCAGGGAUCUGCUAUGGAAGCAUCGUUCGAGACAUCGCCCGCUCGUUUGGAGCAGAUGCGACAGGCCAUGAUGCAGGCGGCGCAGGAAGCAGAACAAGAGCGAAGUGCCAGGCUUGAAGCGGAGAAGUCGCUCCAAGAAGCUUUGCAACAAAUCCAGCAGUUGAAGAAUGAGAUCGAUGCUUUGAAACAACGCCUUGAAGCAGGUCAUCCUCCAGCCAAAGUAGAAGUUCCGGCACCUGUGCAGGUCGGUAACAUGAUCGACCCGAAAGAGAUGGAUGAGCUGCGGAAGGAGUUAGCAAGGAUGAAGCUGCAACUGGACAAAGAGCGAAGUCGCAAUGCAGAGUUGGAGCUCCUUCAGGAGGCCAAAGCAUCAGAGACAAGGGCAAAACUGGAGGAUUAUGAAGACACCCAUGCAGUGCUCAAGGAAGCGCAAGAAGUUCACAAAACCAAGACUGACGAUGCAGGUCCGACAGAGAGCCUCACUGCUUGCGCUGAGCAAGUAGUCACUGCUUUGAAAGAACGUUCCCAUGAGCUGGAAUCAUUGCGGAGCCUUUCAAAGAAUGCAAUGAGUCCACCAGGUUCACGGCAGGGAAGCAAAAGCCGCAUGGGCAGCCGCCAAACCACCGGCCACCUUGACCGGACUGAUGAGGCGGAGGAUUCGGAGGUUGAGAACAUCGAUUUUGAUGGAGAGCCUGCUGAAGGCUGUCAGCACCGUGAGGCUCAGACGAAUGUCACCUGUGCUAGCGGCAGCUUCUAUCUGUUGGAGGCACUUGAGACGCCGGAGGAGGAAGCUAUCAAGAAUGAGCUGGAGGAGCUCCAAGCCUGCAUGGACAACGCGUUUGAUGCUGCCUUGGGCACUAUCCGUGGAUGCCUGAAGCCGCCCAGGGGCCAGGGCACAAAUCGUUGCUCUCGGGGCGCCUUCCUCCGUUUGUUCCAUGGGGUCAGGAGCCGCCUUGGUCGCUACGAUCAGCUGAUUGAGAGGAUCAACUCCAUGCGAAGAGCAGAGCUGGAACAAGUGCUCGAAGGAGUUCACUUCCUCAUGGAAUCCAGCCUCCCAGAUGAAGACAUUGGUCUACGCGAUGCCAUUUUUGGCAAAGGUAUUACAAAGGUGAUGUUGGAGGAAACCCGAGAUCAGGACUUCUCUGCCUUGGUGAAACGUUGGCGUGGACACUGUGGGCGCAUCGUGGGCCAUCUUGUUGGAUCAAGGGCCAAUAUCUUCCUUGAGGCCCAUCCAGGCCGACGGAUCUUCAUUCCGUUGCCUGGCACCGUCCCUAGUCAUGAUGGUGGCACUGGUGGUGGACUGCAAGCACGACAAAGAAAGGACUUCAGCCCAACACGACAGCAGCUCUUCGAAGGUCUUUCUGAUUAUGGAGGUGAAUCUCCAUGCUCCACCAUGAGAGGGCGCAAGUUCUCAACAUCCAGGUCGCCUCGAAAGGGCAAUCCUGGCAAUCCAUCACCAAUGCCCAGUGGACGAUGCAGUGUUUGCAGAUCGCAGAGCCCUUGCAGUGACAUCGCUGUGGAGGGCAGGGCUUUGCAGUCUUUUGCUGCUGAUGGCAGCCCCAUUAGCCUGGCUCGUUUCAGAGAAGGCCGCGGCAUCGGUGCUUUGGAGUGGGAGCGCUGUGUUGCAGCGGCAGAAGGAUUGGAGCCAACAGAGCAGUUGCGAGGUGAUGGCCUUCGUCGGAACAGGUCACCUGGAGCACCUGAUGCUCCCAGAACUGCUCGGUCACCUGAUGGCCUCACAAGGUCACCCUCUGUCUCUGCCAGAGAGGUUCGUCUACGUGAAGCGAGAGCUGGCAAACUCCGUGAAGAAGUUCUCGAACGCUUGGCUGUGGAGGCUGACAAGUGGCAUGCCUUGGACCUUUCGUAUGUAGAGGAGCCGGCAACGUCCGGAGAUUUGCAUCCUGUGGAAGUAUGCGCUCAGCAUGGAGAUCUGCCAACUGUGGAGGAGCCAGAAAGACAAAGCUCGCAGACUGGAGUGAAAUUGCGGGUUCCAUUUGGUGAUGCAGCUGGUGCAGGCAUGGCAGCUGCACGAGCGCGGCCAAAGUCUGAUCGGCAGGGCAUGACGAAGAGUUCAAGCUCCAUCACAGUUGGUCAAUGGCAACCUCUUACCUAUGGUGCAGCAGCAUCAGACCGAGAUCGAAGUGGUGGUCUCAGCAUCACUGCAGAGGCUACGAAUCACAAGGAGGUCUUCAAUCGCCUGUUCAGCUGCAGCCGCUUGCGCUCAAACAAUCGAUCCUUUAUUGCGUUGCUAUGGGGCUGUGGGCAAAGGCAGUGGCCCAGGCUAAAAAGCAAGAGAAAGAUCCCCAUGAAGCUUCGAAGCUCGCCAAGCGCAUCUAUGGAAAGGCACGAAGAAAGGCGAAGGCCUCAAAGACAACAAUGAAAGCAGCAGCCAUGAAGACGAUGAAGGCCUUUGGCCUGGCGGGGGGAGGCUGCGAUGUACAGCCUACAUACUCCCAGGAUGCCGCACGUAUUUCCAUAGUGUCUCCAUAGUGUUUCCAUAGUAUUGCCCAGUAGUGUUUCCAUAGCAUUCCCAUACUAUACCAUGGACUUGUGGCUGGAGGCAGUAGUGGGAGAACAGAAACAAGAAUCGUUCGAUGCGGAUCUGGAAAGCACAUGGAAGUAAGCACCAG